AUGCUGAUGCCUACCAAAAGCACGAAGUUCUUGCCUAAGGCAGGACCAUCUCCAUCCACCUCAACUGCGGCCGGUUUACCGAAACCCAAACUCACCAAAUCACCUGCCACCCCAACUGCUUCCGUUAAAAAUGGAUCCCCACCAAAACAAACCCUUGACAAAGACAAUAAAGGCAAGGCUAGAGCAGUCGACGAAUCCGAGACCGACGACGAUGAUGGUUCCAAUGACAACUCCGACGAAGAGUCUGAAGUCGACACCGAAGCAACCCCAAACAUAAAAGCCAAGCGUGGCCGCCCACGUAAAACUAUUAUCCAAGAGGCACUUAAGCGCAUGAAGAAGCACUGA